GUUCCUGUUGGGUAAGCUUAGGGUGCGAGUGUCCCACACUUCCCCAGAGAAGGUUCUAGGGGUCCUUAGGGCGUCCUAAUUCGGGACUUGAGUUUCCUGCAGAAGAGAAGUAAGACACACAGCGUGCCUGGGCCCCUGCUCUGGCUCGGGGCCUCUCCACGUGCUCAGGGCCUCUCCCAGGCCAGCACUAAGCAGUGUCAUGAGUCUGGGCCGGGUGCGAGAUUAAUUCUUGGAGGCACAGCAGGGCCAAGAAGGGGGAGGAAUGACAGGUCCAAGGCCACCAGCCGAGAGGGGCAGCUGCUGUCCCUGACAGCUCCCUCCUGGGAGACCACGACACAGGUGGCCACUUACCCAGGCUGACAGCCCCAGAGGGGCCUGGGCAGAUCUGGCCUCUGCUAAGCCCUGGCCGCAGGCAGCUGGGCUUUGGCAGACCUGGCCUCGGGGCUCCAGGCUCAGGGCUCCUCCUCCUCGGCCCUCCCUCCACCCCCCUCGUACAUGUGCUUAAUACUCCUGGCACCCGAGGCCACCCACUCGGACUUGGGCCUUAGCUGGAGCUAGCGUGGGAGCCUGGGAAGCCAGGAGCAAAGUCUCUUAAAAGCAAAACAAGAAGCUUCGGGCUUUGUAGGACCUGCGAGCUUUCCCCAGAGGAGGCCGUUUUGGAUCCUGCCAUGUGGCUGCUCCUGCUGCUGGGUGCCUUGCUCUGGGCAGGGCUGUGGCUGCUCAGGGACCGGCAGAGCCUGCCCAGCAGCGAUGCCUUCAUCUUCAUCACCGGCUGUGACUCAGGAUUCGGGCGCCUUCUGGCACUGCGACUGGACCAGAAGGGCUUCCGGGUCCUGGCCGGCUGCCUCACUCCCUCUGGGGCAGAGAACCUACAGCAGGUGGCCUCCUCCCGCCUCCACACCACGCUGCUGGACGUCACUGACCCCCAGAGUGUGCAGCGGGCAGCCACGUGGGUGGAGUCACACGUUAAGGAAGCAGGGCUCUUUGGGCUGGUGAAUAACGCUGGCGUGGCCGGGAUCAUCGGGCCCACACCGUGGCUGACACGAGACGACUUCCACCGCGUGCUGAGUGUGAACACGUUGGGUCCCAUCGGGGUCACUCUUGCCCUGCUGCCCCUGCUGCAGCAGGCCCGGGGCCGGGUAGUGAACGUCAGCAGCGUCCUGGGCCGCCUGGCAGCCAACGGUGGGGGCUACUGUGUCUCCAAGUUUGGCCUGGAGGCCUUCUCUGACAGCCUGAGGCGGGACGUGGCUCCUUUUGGGGUCCAAGUCUCCAUCGUGGAGCCUGGCUUCUUCCGAACCCCUGUGACCAACCUGGAGAGCCUGGACAGCGGCCUGCAGGCCUGCUGGGCACGGCUGCCCCCAGCCACACAGGCCCAGUACGGGGAGACCUUCCUCACCAAGUAUCUGACAGUGCAGCGACGCAUCAUGAACCUGAUCUGUGACCCGGACCUCACCAAGGUGAGCAAGUGCCUGGAGCACGCCCUGACUGCUCGUCACCCUCGAACCCGCUACAGCCCAGGCUGGGACGCCAAGCUGCUCUGGCUGCCGGCCUCCUACCUGCCGGCCAGCCUGGUGGAUGCCGUGCUCACCUGGGUCCUUCCACAGCCUGCCCAGACCGUCUACUGAAUGAAUCAGCCUCCCAGAGAGACUGUUUUCCAAGAGCAAGGACUCUGACUUGUUUCUGCCCUCGUUCUGGUACCAUCUGGUGCCUGGCGCAAAGCAGGCACUCAAUAAAUGUGUACUGUCUAAAAAGCAGAAAGUGAGUGAGCAGAAAUGAAGGCGUCCCCAAACUGCCAAGUCUUUAGUGCCUGCAAAACGCCCACUGGGGGGCGCCGGGAACUCCUGCAUCUUCGGGUGAACUUUGCAACCGCACCCGGAGGAGUGGCCACCAGAGGGCACUUUGCAUGUGUCACCUAUUUUCUGCAUGGAGUAAGGUUACAAUUCUGUGUUUGUACUGGGAAUGGAUCUUUAGCUCUCUUCCGUGAUGAAGCAUCAGGGCCAACUUGAGUGGUUUCCAAGGGGAGGGGGGGGGAUACUCAUUCUCCUCAGUCCAGAAUGAGGGAAAGUGGCCACCCUACUUAUCAGCACCCUGAAAGGAAGCAGGUCCCCUUGAGAACUGCGCGAGAGGGGGCUGCUGGGCCCCCAGGUGCACAGAACGCCAGGGAGAGCGUGGCCACAGCUGACCCAGGCUGGGCUCUCCCAGGUGAGGCCUGUGUGGGAAUCCUGGGACUUACCCAGGAGGUGGUUUCAUGGAUGUUCCAGCAAAGAGCGCAGGGCUGGGGGCAGAGAGGGCACUGGGCCGGCGCCUCCUCCAGACCCCACAUCCCCCUGCCAGCCCACUCAACACGUUCAAGCACAACCCCCUUUCCCAGACGCUCACCACCUGCCUUCCCCGGCGGUGCACACAGAGCAAGGGAACAAGGAUAAGGAGGAAGAGGUCAGGUAUUGCUUUGAGACAAACAGACACCAUGUCUCUUUUCGGUCUGAAAAAAUAAUCCGUUUAAUUGAAAAACCUGGUGGAUACGACUGCACUCCCCUAGACGGAGGGGGCUGAAGAGACCAGAGCCCUACAUCACCUCGUAGCCACUUCGAAUGCUCUUCACAAGGCAGCAGGCAAAGACAAUGCCCAGGACCU